AAAGACACGACUUGUACACUGACGUAAAGAUGGCGGCUGCUUGUGGUGCGAGGAUAUUACGCGGAAUUGGGCUUCAUGCAAUUCGAAAUACUGCUUUAAAAGCAGCAACACAGCUUCAGAGAAGGGCAUUCCGAGUCAAUGGAACUCUUUGGCAGCAGCCUUUUGAUUCUCCAGCUGAGAAGCCCCAGUUUCCCGGGGCAUCGGCAGAGUUUAUUGAUCACCUUGAGUUUAUCCAGCCCAAUGUGAUCUCAGGAAUCCCUAUCUAUAGGGUAAUGGACAGACAGGGCCAGAUCAUUAAUCCUUCAGAGGAUCCUCAGCUUUCAAAAGAGAUGGUUUUGAAUUUCUAUCAAAAGAUGACACUGCUCAACACAAUGGAUCGUAUUCUUUACGAGUCACAGAGGCAGGGUCGUAUCUCAUUCUACAUGACCAAUUAUGGUGAAGAGGGCACACAUAUUGGAAGUGCUGCAGCUCUUGACCCUAAAGAUUUGGUCUUCGGACAAUACCGGGAAGCUGGUGUGUUGAUGUACAGGGGUUUUCCUCUGGAUCUGUUUAUGGCACAGUGCUAUGCCAAUGCUGAUGACCUUGGCAAGGGUAGACAGAUGCCGGUUCACUACGGCUCCAGAGAUCUAAAUUUUGUCACCAUCUCCUCACCGCUUGCCACUCAGAUCCCCCAAGCGGCUGGGGCGGCAUAUGCUGUUAAGAGGGAGAAUUCAAACCGAGCUGUGAUUUGUUACUUUGGAGAGGGGGCAGCCAGUGAGGGAGAUGCUCAUGCUGGAUUUAACUUUUCCGCCACCCUUGAAUGUCCUCUCAUAUUCUUCUGCCGCAACAACGGUUACGCUAUCUCCACACCGACCAAUGAGCAGUACAGAGGGGAUGGUAUUGCUGCUCGAGGUCCAGGAUAUGGACUGAUGUCGAUCCGUGUGGAUGGAAACGACGUGUUCGCCGUAUAUAAUGCCACAAAGGAGGCACGACGCAGAGCGGUGGCUGAAAAUCAGCCCUUUCUCAUUGAAGCUAUGACCUACAGGAUUGGUCAUCAUAGCACAAGUGAUGACAGCUCUGCCUACCGCUCGGUUGAUGAGGUGAACUACUGGGACAAGCAGGAUCACCCCAUCUCUCGCCUGAGACACUACAUGACCGCUCGAGACUGGUGGGGGGAGGACGAGGAGAGGGCCUGGAGGAAGCAGUCCCGCAAACUUGUGAUGGAAGCCUUUGAAAAAGCCGAAAGGCGCCUGAAACCCAACCCCAACUUGAUGUUCACCGACGUCUACAAUGAGAUCACUCCUCAGCUAGCAAAGCAGAACGAUGCCAUGUGGAGGCACGUGCAGCAGUAUAAAGAGCAAUACCCGCUGGACCUCUAUGAGAAAUAAGCCCAGUGGGGUGGUUCUCCGUUUGUGUGAGUUGUUCUUUUUUUUUUUCCAUUUAACAGGUUUUUUUUGUUGCAUUAGAAAGCACAGACUUUAAACAGAUUGUUCACCCAAAAUGAAAACUGUGUCAUCAUUACUCACCCUCAUGUUGUUCCAAACCCUGAUGACUUCCAUGGAAAAUUAAAGAUGUUACAAAGAAUUACAGCCUCAGUAAACAUUCACUUUAAUUGUAUAAUUAAAACGAUGCAAUGAAAGUGAAUGGGGACUGAAACUAACAUGCUGUCUAGAAUCGUGUAUAAGGGUUUGGAAAAACAUGAAGGUGAGUAAACAAAGACAAGAUUUUUCAUUUGAGAGAAGUAUCCCUUUAAGGGAUAUAUUCUUCUCUAUGUUUGCCACUAGAGGCCUCCCCAUUGUAAUGUUGUGCCUUGAAUGUGGUAGAAGUCCUUAUGCCUAAUGUAGCAAACAUUCCCAUUAAAGUUUGAAUAGCCUUGUAUACACAUCACAGUGUGUUAUCAGUCCAGCCACCACAGUUUCUUGUGUUGAUGUAAAUCAUAAACACCUUGAUUAAUUACCAUGUGAUCUUUCAUAAAUCUCACGGCAUAUUUCUAAAGAACAGUGUAAUAAAGUGUUUUAUUUUCUCAUUGUCUUUGGAUCUUGGCCUUCAAAACACUAAUAAUGAUCAUCACUAAUUUUUCUCAAUAUCCACAAAUAAUUUAAAGAAUCGGUGAUAAAACGAAUGGUUUUGAAACAUGUGUAUUUUUACCCUCAGAUUUUCCACUCCAAACUGAGCUCUUAGAAACUAUAUACAAGUUUUUGCAACCUUGAAAUGACCUGGGGCUAGAAAUAGUUUGCGUCUUGAUGAUGAUGACUUUGUGUUUAGCAAAUUUUUUGUUUGUUAAUAAUGAACUGAACAAACAGUUUCUGUGUGAAACUCACUCAACUGUUGCAUGACAUGAUUGUUGUGUUUGAGAUUUAUUCGGAUUAGCUUUAGGCAUUUAUUUGUAAACUGAAUUUUAAACAAUAAAAAUGCUCAGAAAAUGUAACCACUUAUUUCAGUGAAGUAGCAGCUAUGAAAAAUAGUUCCUUUUUAUCCUGUCUCAGGAAUCCUGUUACUCAUGCUUAAAAGCUACUGAUACAAUUUGUAUUUCUUUUAGGCCCUAGAUUUGAUUUUUUUUUUUAAUCAUGUCUAGGAUGUGCUAUUCAUGUCCUGUAGGUGGAGCAAUCAUCCCAUUUUAAUCCUUGAUUCUGUUUGUAUGUUUCAUUCUCUAUGAUAUUAAACUCUCAAACCAAUUACACUCACAGAAAGGUCAAGGCUGCUGGAGUUCUUUUUAGGCAAUUUGUUCAUAAUGCUUCCAGUGUGAUCCUUAAUCCCUCAAUACAUCAUAAAAUCACAGACCUUUCUAAGGUCAAAUUAGUUUCACCUUCUAACAGUUAAACUAUUUCAAUCAGGAUUUAAAGAAUAUCAGGUAUACUAAUCUCUAUCCAUAUUUCCCUGUAAAUGUCCAAAAAUGUAUUUCCUUUCUUUAAUUAGGCAUGUCCAACUGAAUUAGGCCCCAUAUCAUCUCAUAUUUUGAUGACCACUUAUCCUUCAGUAUAUAACGAUAUAUUAUAUAAUAGAAUUCUUGGCAGUGUGCAUUUCCCUGGCUUGGAUGUUGAAUGUUC